AUGGAUGAGAGUGUUGUUGCUCUAGAGCGACUGGCAGCUGCCGUCAACAAGCCGGAGGAGCUGGAGCGCGUGUUGGUGAAGCUGAAGGAGGUGCUUCACAAGACGUCCAAAUCUACGAAGAAGUUGUUGAAGAGCGACAGUGAUCUUGAGACCACUUCCGAAUCCUCUCAGCUGCAGCUCUUUCGUUCUCGAAUCGACGAUGUCAUAGACAAGACUCGUGCGUCGCUUAAGUCACGAAUAAGUGAGCAAGUGUCCAAGGUAUCCACGGCUGUCAGCUCUAAUGUGAAAAACUAUGUCGACACGAUUAAGGAAGAAACGGAAGCUCUGAGCUCCAUCGUACAGGACGAACUGGACGACGUCGCGGGGAAGAUUUCACUCAAUUUGCCGUUUUUAAAGGGGUUGAAGAGUGAAGACGAGUCGAAAAAGCCCACCCAUGCAGCCGCGUUUCUGGACAAGAACGAGAGCUUUGUGAAGAAACGCAGCAGGAACGGGAGCAGCUCGCCCAGGACCAAAAACAAGCAGAGGAAGAUCACACGCUGCUUCACGAUCCGCUGUUUCCCCCUGGACGCAUCCUCUAUCUGA